GAUACAGCUGCUGCUUUGACGGUGAUUGGUAUGAGAAUUACGUAGGAAACCCUGAUUCACAGAUAAGAAGCCAGUCCGUACUAAUUUAGGGAUAAACGAAGAGUAAAAGAGUAAUUGCUGAGCUGAAGGAUUUGGUGUCGGUAAAACACUAGAUGGGAAGGGGAAGGAAGAAGACAAACCGCUGCAGCUUGAAGAAAGGUAUGGUUUCAGAUAUCUUAGAGACUGAUUCUGGAACUUGAAACAGAGAUAGUGUAAUUCUAAAAGAUUUCAGUUGGAGGAACAGUUGAAACCGGAUUGCAACAUCCAUAUCACUUAAGUCCCUCGAAAACUCCUGGAAUUGACAUUUACUAGUUUAGGGUUCAUGAGCAAGAAAGUGCAGUCUGUUGGCGUCUUGGAUAGAUUAAGUAGUUUGCCCGAUCAUAUUCUUUGCCGUGUAUUGUCGCUCCUUCCGACUAAAGAUGUAGUUCGGACCUCAAUUAUUUCACUCAGGUGGAGGUAUCUCUAUGCUUCCUCAGUGUCUAUCAUUGAUUUUAAUGAUUGUUUACCACAUAUCUCAGUACCUAGUGAAAAUGAUAUCAUUUAUUUUAAUGAUUGUUUACCACAGUUCCCAGCACCUAGUGAAAAUGAUAACAACUUUCUGGAUUUUGUUGAUAGAUUCUUUUCUAUCAACAAGCAGUUAAGUUUAGAAUGUUUUAGGGUGAAUGACUUUUGGGUGAGGAUGGAUGACAUUCAACGGGAUGAGGGUUAUUUACGCCUUAAUGGUUGGAUAUGCGCCACACUGUGGUGUGGUGUCAAGGAAAUUGAUAUUAGAUUUAUAUAUGAAGAUGUUCCCGCUUUACCAACUCUUUUGUUUACUUGCCAAUCACUGGUGACUUUGAAAUUGAUUAUCAGAGGUAAUAUGAAGGUUCCAUCUAACACUUGUUUGCCAAAUCUGAAGACUCUACAUUUUACAUUCUCCAAGUUUCAAGAUGGUUAUUCAGUUCUUAGGUUAAUUUCCAAUUGCAAUGUCCUAGAAAAUUUGGAAUUUAUUUAUUGCGAGUUUGGUAACAUAAGAGAGCUCAAUAUCCAUAACCUUUCCCUUAAGAGGUUGGUUUUAGAUUUCUGUGACUUGUAUAUUCAGUCUCACAGAGGUUUCAACGUCAUCGAGAUUGAUACCCCAAAUCUUGUUUAUUUCAAAUAUGUUGAUGCAAUGGUUGAAGGCUAUACGUUAAGUGACAUGAAAUCUCUAGAAAGUGCUCAUAUUUCAAUCACUCUAUUAGCUAGUGUGGAUUAUGAACGUGCAACAUAUCUUCUCAAGAGAAUUUGCAAUGUACAGUCUCUUUUUUUAGCCAUUGAAGAUUACUCUAGUACGCUUUUUCUGGCACCUCUUGAUCCAAUGCUUGCAUUUAAAAACCUUGUUGAACUGUACUUUCUUAAUUACGAUACUGAUGAUCAAGGGACGUGGAUUGUGAAGUUUCUACAUUGCAUGCCUAAUCUAAAGACACUUAAAUUGAGUCUGGAAAUUAAUUCGGAAGGUUUCAGGUCAUUGCCUACUGCAGUGCCUUUGUGUUUGUUAUUUCACAUCAAGGAGAUUAAAAUCAUAUACUUUGACGGAGACGAGCAUACGUUGGAAAUGAUUAGUUAUUUCUUGAAACAUGCAUCAGUUCUGGAGAAGCUUGUAUUUACAAUUAUUGAUCCGUGGGAGAAAGAGGAAUCGACUAUCAUCGAAAAACUAUUGAGUUUACCGAAGAAAUCAAAGAAAUGUGAAAUCGUGACUCCCUAAUAUUUCGUUUUGUCUCUACUAUUUUGUCUCCUUUCUUUUGAA